AAUAUCUUAUUUAAUGUUUAAUUUUAGGGAUUGGACUUGAAGAAGAAGAGCCUCUUCGCUUCUUAGUCUUGUUCUAGGGCGACGGCGAUGGACGGAAAGGGAACGGUUGCCACGUGGAAGGAUAAGCACCGUCGGAUGUAUGAUCAGGCGACACGGCACCCGUUCAUCAUGAGUAUCCGUGACGGCGCCGUCGAUUACUCGGCCUUUAAGCGUUGGCUUGGUCAGGACUACAUAUUUGUGAGACAGUUCAUACCAUUUACAGCAAGUGUUAUCAUCAAAUCAUGUAAACAUUCUGAUGAGGAAUCAGACAUGCAAGUGUUGUUAAGUGGCAUUUCUUCUCUCAAUGAUGAAAUCUCAUGGUUUAAGACCCAAGCUCAAAACUGGGAUGUUCAUCUCCAUUCUCUUGUUCCUCUUCAGGCCAAUCUCAAUUACUGCAAGUAUUUGGAGAGCUUGAUGGAGCCAGAAGUUGAUUACAGUGUGGCAAUUACUGCAUUCUGGGCAAUAGAAGCUGUUUAUCAAGAGAGCUUUGCUCAGUGUCUGGAGAGCAGUGCUAAGACACCAAAUGAACUCAUUGAGACAUGUCAGAGAUGGGGUAAUGCUGGGUUUGGAGAUUACUGUGUUUCUCUUCAGAGGAUUGCUGAUAGAUGCCUGAAAAAUGCAUCAAGUGAUGUGCUUUCAAAGGCUGAAGAAACAUUCAUUAGUGUUCUUCAACAUGAAGUUAAUUUCUGGAACAUGAGUUCUGGUUGAUUUGUCCUUUUUUUUCUUCAGAUAUGAAAUAAUGUAUGUGUUUGCAAAGAGUGUUGUUGACCAUGAAGUUAGUUUUAUAUAACAAUGAGUUUUUGUUGAUUGGAAUAA